AUGGUUGGGAAUGCCUGGCACUUGCGAUAUAGAAACAUGCAUCGGCAUAAGGAUAUGAGAGGAAGGCCAAACAGGCCUGCCCAGUUUUCAUGCCGGCUGUGUAACCAGGUGUUCGUGGGGGCUCAUGCCCUUGUAACCCACUAUGAGUCUCACUUGAUACAAGAUGAGAUCCAUUCAACAAGGCAAAAUGAUAUAAUUAUAAACCCACCCCAAAUUACUUUCCAAUCACAAAACGGGCCACAAGAAAUCUGGGUCUCUCGCCAAAAUGGUCGUCUGCCACUGCAGCAUGUGGCUAGAAACCCUACUUUGGGUGGUGCCACCCAAGAAAUAGUUGCUACUCCUCCGCCGCGACCACCGGCCUUCCCACCGGUGGGACUUAGAUUUGGCCAUUUGGGACUUGCAAACCCACCACCACAGUGGCAAACCGUGAUAGGGGAAAACCAUAGAUUCCGGCUGCAGCCACCUCGACUGUCUUCACCGCCGUUGGUGGUUGCACCGGUGACAAGGAACCAUGCCCUUGGACCACAUCCUGUGCCGUCUUUCCGACAAGCUGAUCGGACAGUGAUGACUGAGCCUUCUAGUGAAUGCACAAAGCCAUUUAUCAAUCUAUUGGAUAAACCAAUCAAAGAGGUGUUUGAGAUUGUUGACAGUGAUGAUGAGAGCUUGAGCAGCAAAUCUGAUAGCAAGAAGCUUGAUUUAUCCUUGAAGCUUUAG